UUUAAGGUCGUGGCGAGACGAUUCCUUUGGUUUUGAGUUGGUUGAGAAGUAUUUGAAAAUGUUCUAUCACUAUAUUCCAAGGAUUUCUGUAAUAAAGAAUCAUUUGGCAUGUAUUGGAAAAAUCAUGCACGGCCAUCUUCUCCAAUCGCAAAUUCCAUGUCUUGAAAGUCGAAAAUGGGUGUUCACUACUGAUGCAUAUUUUGUUCUCUUUGCAACAAACACACAUCAGGAUGUACAAAAUACCGUCAAAGAUCUUUUUGAAAGAUGUACAAAUAAAAUCAUUGCUCUGAAUGGUCAUGAGGACCUAUUUUAUUACUGGAGAAGCCUUCAUAUCAACCACAUUGUGAAAAGUACAAGUCCUCAAGAAACCAGAAAUCUCCUCAAAAGAGACCCAAGAUAUAAAGAGAUUCUAUGUGACAGAGGUAAAGGGCACCUGUUAAUCUACACAUGCAGUGAUGGAGUAGUUUCAGAUUUAAGUGGAAUAGAGUUAUUACCACUUCAAAAUGGGAUGUACGAAACUUUGCAAGGAAAAAGAAAAGGGCCCCAAAAAACCUUUUACCUUUGUGAACAAUUAGAGCUAGAAAUUCUCAUUGGUCAAGAGAGUUUUUUGAUUUUAAACACAUCUACCACAACAGAAGUUGGAAAAGUGCUGAAAAACCUAGCCAGUUCAGGAUACUAUUCAUUUCAAAGAUUGUGUUCCAACAACUUUGUACACCUUCUAAAGAAGCUUAUUAAUCUACAAAAAGAGAAAACUGGAGAUCCUAUAUUAGUAAAGGAAACCAAUGUUAUUUUUGAAGAAUGCUGGUUAAAGAAGGUGUGGGACUAUCUGAAAGAUAAUUGCCCGUUAUCAUUGGAACAUGUAAGAGAUCUCAAUUUGAUCAAGACAAGAGAAUCGGAAAAGUUAAAGAAAAUAUCUGAUUCAUUUAUAAGUGGAGUCGGUAUGGAUAUGUUUCACAUAAAAGUCCUUGCACAUUUCAAAAUUUGGGUCAUUGAUGAAUCAUAUCAUGACCAUCUUUUGUUUUUACCAGGAAAAGGAAUUGUAGUAGAAUGUACUGAUUAUGGGAAGGGUAAUCUAUUGCAGCAGUGUUUAAAGAAUGGCAUUGGUUCAUUCAACUUGUAUUGUUCCGUCGCAGAAAGGGAGUGGUUCAAAGAAUUUUUACCUGUUUCCAUUCCAGAAUCGUUAAUCCCGAAGUUACAACAUCUGAAAAUCUUCAAGUGUUUUUCUAGUAUUUACCUUUCAAGUCAAAUUGGAUACACGUCUUUGAAGGAAUGUAGUGAUAUGUAUGUUGGAGAAAUGGACUUACCAAUUCAGUUCCCUUCUGUUAUGAUUUUACCAUUAACAACAAAAGAAGUAAAACUUCUGUCAGAGCUAAAUGCAAAUAAAGUGGAUCUAAGUAUGUGUGUACAGAAAUGCAUCGACAAAAUUAUGCAAGGAUUUCAUUCGUUGAACGAUGAACAUAAACGAAAAUUCUGCUUUUAUGUUUUAGAAAAGCAACCAAUUUUACAAAUUGGUCGAUGAUUCAAAAGGAUUUAAAUUCAAUCAGCUUUAUCAAAAACAAAGCAGGAAAACUUUGCUCGGCAAAUGAAUUGUAUGAUCCAAAUAAUAAAUUUCUACGAGAGCUUUUUAUUUCAGAAGACAAAUUUCCUGAGGAAGACAAAACUCAAAUGGAUUUGCUAAGUCAUUUGCAAUUUCAGAGUCAAGAAAGUCAAGCAUUUCAAAGUGAUGUUGUGCAAACAUGUCAACAAAUUGAUUCAAAAAUGACUGACAACACGUUAAGAAUGAGAAAGUCAAACGCCCUAUUCUAUGUAUUUCAACAAAACCAAAGCCUUUUUAUACAUGUUUACAAUUCAAUACUUGGAUGCAAAAUAAUCCCAUGUAGAGAGAAUGGGGAUCAAUUCUACCCAAAGAAAAUGAAGUGGUACUCAAGUAAAGAGAAAUUUGUUUCGUUUGAAAUGGUUUAUAGUUCAAAGUAUGAGUGUAUUAUUGGAUCAGUUCUACCACUGCCUGCAAAAGCUUGGGAAUACUUGGUUCAUUUACCUCGAGAACCUUUACUGGAAGACGUUUUGAUGCAUUUAAACAAUAUAAUUGAAGAUUACCACAAGGAUGAGCAUGUUGAGUACUGUUAUAUAACGAGAAACGUGUAUCAAUUUCUAGCCACAAAAACAGUAUCUACUUUUGUUUCAUUACUGCCAGAAAAAUGCAUAUUUACGGAGCUUGGAUUUGUGAGGAUCAAAGAUGUCUUCAUAGAACGCAAUUCAACUGAUUUAAACCUUGACCCAUAUUACAUUCCGAUUCCUAAAGAAUUAAGCACAUUUGAAGGAUUUUUUGAGGCUAUAGGUUGUGAAAAAAAGCAAUCUAACUAUCUGCUAAUUAAGGCUCUAGAGAAAAUUAGAGAAAAGCAAUCUGGCAUAGAAGAUUUGCAAGGUGUAAAUGAAGACUUUGAUAAAGUUCAAAAAAUUUUGUGCAGAUUAUCUGAGUUUUCAGAGGAAGACUUGUCUAAAAUAAGAGAUGAUAUCAUUGUACCAAUCCACAAUGAGGCCUCACAAUGCCUGUCAUUCAGGAAAGCACAUGAAUGUGCAUACACUGAUUCAAAUUGGUACAGCGGAACAUUUACAAAUGAAACUAAGAUUUGUCUGAUUCAUUCCAAGAUUGACAAAAACAUUGCAAAAAAACUCGGUGUUAAGUCAUUGAGAAAAUUCGCAUUAUCAGAUGCAGAAGAAAUUAUUUCAGAAUUCGGACAAUCAGAGCCAUUGACUCAACGCUUAAAUCGUCUUUUGGAGGAAGGAUACACGGACGGUUUAUCUGUUCCAAAAGAAUUGAUUCAAAAUGCUGACGACGCUGGGGCAUCUGAAGUAUAUUUUCUCUAUGACGAAAGAGAAAAUGAAGGUGCAAGAAACUGUCUUUUAGACCCAGGAAUGAAAGGAUGUCAAGGGCCAGCACUGUGGGCUUAUAACAAUGCUGCUUUCUCUCCAAGUGACUUUCAAAAUAUUCAAAAACUGAAUGGUGCCACCAAAAAAGAAGAUACAACAAAAAUUGGAAAGUUUGGACUAGGCUUCAAUGCAGUUUAUAAUCUAACAGAUGUUCCAAGUUUUGUGAGUGGAAAAUACAUGGUGUAUUUAGAUCCACAUGGAAAAUAUUUGGGAGAAGCGAUAGUGAAUGAGAAAAGUCCAGGAAUUAAGCUGAAUCUUUACAAUAAAACAAUGCUUUAUAAAUUUGAAGAUCAGUUCAAACCAUAUGAAAAUGUUUUUGGGUUUAAAUCAUCAGUGUUUUCGGAAGACCGACCUUACAAAGGAACACUUUUCAGAUUCCCUCUGCGUACAAAGCAACAAGCGCGUACAAGUAAAAUAAAAAGGAAGGAAUAUUCAAAAGAAGAAAUGGUCAGACUAAUAAAGUUGUUCUGUAAAUCAUGUGGAAAUAUGAUCCUUUUCACCCAGAAUGUAAAAACAAUUAAAAUAUUUCAUAACGCAAAAAACAGUAUAAAUCCUGGGGAAGAAAUGAAAUUGAUAAUGACAGUUCAAAAAAAGGAAGAAAGUCAGUUGGAGCAGCAUGAUAUGAAUAUUUUAGCUGCUGCUUCUCGAUACUGUUGCAAUGUGGAUAGUAAUCCUAGUUUUGUUGCUUUCUCUUUAACUAAUGUCACGGUCGCAAGCACAGGACAUUUUUGGCUUGACAAAAAAAAUUCAUUUACAGAAAACACUUACUGGGUAAUAACAUGGGCUUUAGGACAUAACCAGUCAUUAAGGCUUUUCAAGGAAAACAGAAGUGAUGGGGCUUUUCCCAUUUCUAGUGUUGCAGUUCCUGUAGAAAUAAAGAAUGGCCAAAUAACACCUUUUAAACUUCAUGGAGAUUUUCACAGAUAUGGCUUCUAUGAGUUAGGACAUUUAUUUUGUUUCUUGCCAUUGCCUAUCCCAAAUGGAAUGAAUUUUCAUAUUAAUGGAAGUUUUGCAAUUUCCUCAGAUCGUCAAAGACUUUUAAACCAAACAGAAGAUGAUAAAGACAGCACAAAACAAACAAUAUGGAAUUACAGUCUAGUCACUGAUGCCACUUUAGAAGCCUUUAUCAGUCUGUUGUUAUUACUGAAGGAUCACUCGUCAGAAAGUUAUUCGUAUUUUGCCCUGUGGCCAACGCAAUCUUGUGAUACACUUUUGCAGCAUUUCAAGCUUAAAUUUUACAAAGCAAUUGUUGUUCGCGACUUACCAUUGUUUAAGACAUACUGUGGCUGGAAAAGAUUUCAAGAAUGUAUAUUUCUGCACUGGGAAAUGGAAGAAGACAAACAUUUAAAACAGGCAGCUUCGGAAAUUUUGAGGAAAAGCCCAAUGGAUGGUAAAACUUUAACAGAAAUACCCAGAGAUGUGUACAAAGAAUUAGAGAAUCAUCUAGAUGUGUUUUUCGAAAAGCAUGUUGUAACAUACGAGAAGUUUUUCAUAGACUAUUUUUUGCCAAACAUUUUAAUGUACCGUGGGACGAAGUAUGAUAAAAUUGUACUACAGGCAAUUAGAUCAAAAAAUAAGAAUAUUCUAACUGCAAUUCAGAAGACAGACUGCAUUAAAACGCCCCCGAAUGGUGUGAGACGGGCACCUAAAAAUCUUAUUCACCCCCAUUCAUCUCUAUCUGGACUAUUUGUUAUACAAGAUGAGCGAUUUCCAGCAAAAAUAUUUUACAGGGAGGAUGAUCUUGAAGUAUUAGUAAGUCUUGGAAUGAUGAAAAAUGAAAUACCAUGGGACCUUUGCGAAUCUCAAGCAGGAGAUGUUAGUGAGCUGUCAAAACAGUGCGGAGAAUGUGCAUUACAGCGAUCGAUGCAUAUAAUAAAAUAUGUUCAUAGGUUUUUUCCUCAAGUACCACAGAAAACUACAAAAAAAUUAUCUAACACGUCUUUUCUACCAGUGAAAGAAAAACCUGAUGGUUGGCCUGUAAAAUGGCACCAUAAAGUCUCGAAAGGAAAAAGCAAUAAAGAGAAGUGCGCUAUUCAUUCUGAGAAAGGAAAAGAAGAACCUAUAUCGUUUGAAUGUCCUUGCAAUAUGUUCCUACCCACAUGUGAACGUUUAGUAGGAUGUACAAAAAUAGUUCUCGGUAGAUAUGAUAUAUUCAAGUCAUAUGUAAGAGAAGUAAAGGCUCUUGGAGUAAAAUCCGAGACAUAUGUCGAAUUGGAAACCCUGAAACAUCAGCUCACAGAAAUUACAAAUAAAAUAGAAAAUGCUGCAAAUAAGAUUGUAGAAGACAUAUGCUUUGAUAUCUAUACUGUUCUUCAGGGAAGAGUUACAGAACCAGACGUUAAAACUUUCAUCCGUGAUAAUUUGUCAAAUUUACCCUGUGUUCUGACGGAAAAAACAUUUGCAUUUCCUAAUCAGGUGGUAUUUUAUUUACCACAAGAUUGCAGUCCCUUUUUCUUUGGUUUGAAAUCGAGACUUGCACACAAUUUUCUCGAGUUAAUGAAAGUCCUUGGUGUGCGGAACUUUGUUGAUCCCGACGAUAUUGUAGAUGUCCUUCUUUGCAUCAAAGAAAAUCACAGUGGAAAAAAAUUACCAAGAAACAAAUUACGCUUGGUUUGCAGAAUAGCUAACCUUUUGGAAAAUUUUGACUUGUUGUCAAAUGAUAAUCUUUAUCUUCCAGAUGUAAAUGGAUACUUUAUUCAUGUAAACGAAUUGUGCUUAGAUGAUUGUGCUUGGCUUCCAAGGACAGAAUCAAUGAAAUUUCUAAAUACAGAAAUUACAAUUAAAGUUGCAAAACUUGUAGGAGUAAAAUCUAAACGAGAGCAGAAUAUCUUUGAGGAGUCAGAGGAAUUUGGGGAUGCAUUUGGACAGCAUGAGGAUUUGACAAAUCGUAUAAACAGGAUUCUCGAUGGGUAUCCAGAAAAUAAUAUCAUGAAAGAACUUCUUCAAAACGCAGACGAUGCAGGGGCAACUGAAAUGCAUUUUAUAAAAGACUUUCGUACGCAUAAAUGUGACUAUGUAUUUAGUGAGAACUGGAAAGAAUUACAAGGCCCAGCAUUGUGUGUUUUUAACGACAGUGUGUUCACAGAUAAGGAUUUUGAAGGAAUACAGAAUUUGGGAAUUGGAAGCAAGGGAAAUGAUCCAACAUUAACGGGACAAUAUGGAGUUGGAUUUAAUGUUGUGUAUCAUUUGACAGAUGUACCGUCCUUUUUAUCAAGAGAUCAGAGAACUUCUCAAGAUACUUUGUGUAUCUUAGACCCACAUUGCAAGUACAUUCAACGUUCAACAAUGGAAAAGCCAGGAAGGAAAUUUAAAAAUUUUUCGAAGAAUGCCAAGUAUAAGGACAUUAUGUCAUGUUACUUGUAUGGAAGUGAGUUAUGGACAUCUUCCCGUGGAACAUUAUUUCGUUUUCCUUUACGCUCCAAUAGAGAGUCGUUGUUGUCCUCAAAAUUGAUAUCAUGCGAGGAUAUCGAGAGUCUACUAGACGAAUUGAAAGAGGACAUGGCUGAAUGUCUGUUGUUUCUGCACAAUGUUAGGUGCAUAACGGUUUCGUCUAUUAAUAUGGAAGGAAUUCUGUCGAAAGAGUUUAGCGUUUCUUCGAAAACAAAACUGAUAUCAUCAAUUAAAUCUUACUUAUGUCAUGCUAUUGCAAAUAUCAGACAACAAAUGAAGAAAGACACAACUCUGAUUUGUUCCAUGGAGAGAAAAGAAGUCGAAUAUUAUUUAAAAAUAAAUGUGAAUGAACAGCUUUUCCAAAAUUGGUUGAUUGUCACUGGAGUUGGUUUUCAGGACAAAACUAAGAUUCCUGAAAUUAUAAAAGAGGCUUACAGAGAGAGAAGACUUGCUUUGUUACCUACUUCAGGAAUUGCCAUCAAUAUGGAAAACAUGGUACCAGUACAAUACGACAGAAAGCUCCAUGUACACAAGGAAAUAUCGGAAUUUAGAGCGUAUUGCUUUCUACCUUUACCUGUUCAGACAGGGCUUACAGUUCAUUUAAAUGGACAUUUCGUUUUAGAUCAUGAAGCCCGGCAUGGUAUAUGGUGGCCAGAUUCUCAGCACACAGAUUUGAAGAUAAUUUGGAAUAAAACCUUGAUUAAAGAAGUCAUUGUUCCGACGUAUGCAUUAGCUAUUGAACAUUUGAGAAACCUGCUUUUCCCAGAGUCUUUAUCAGACCAACCUUGGGAUCAAUUAGACAAGUUUCAUAAAGUUUUUCCAUCAAUGAAAUUACUGAAAGAUAAAAUUUGGCAGUAUACCUCUACAGAGUUGUAUAGGUAUGUGGGUCAACACAAUUGCAAAUUCUUUCCCAUUGUUCGCCGGGAAGAUCUAAAUAUUGAAUGUUCAGAUGAAAGUUCGGUAAAAACAGAUUUGGAAAACCAAUCCCCAGACAAGAGUAAAUCUGAUAUAAAUAUACGUAUGCACGAUCAGCAAUUCGAAGUAACAUGGACAACACUUCAAACUGCCUUCUUUGAUGGAAUAAAGUGGCCAUUAAGACAAGAUCAUGCAGCUGAAGGAUAUUAUUUUACAUACGGUAAAAGCAGUAAGAAAUUAAAUGAGUCAUGCUCGAAAGAUUCUGAAUUUCUUGCUCAAAGCUUGAAAAAUCUCGGAAUGUUGCUUAUUGAAACACCACUUUGGGUUUUUAGUAGCAUGAAAGAUGCAGGAAUAGACGGUGUACAGAUCGUGUCUCCAAAAGCUGUGCUCAAUUUUUUGAAAACAUAUAAAACAGAUGCACAGUACAAGUGUAAAAUUGAAAAGGUAAAUAUUCCUGUCAAACAAACAAGAAUGAAGCAUAAAAACGUUACACAGUCUCUUCUGUCGUAUUGUGUACGGGAUAAAGAUUUAAAAGCCGAGGACUUUGAACAUGUUCCAUUACUCAUUACUGCUGAUGGGCUCCUUCGUGAAUUCAGAAAUGAAAGAGUCAUCUAUUUGAUAGACUUUCCUGAACUUCUUCCAAGAUCAGCUAAUCUGAUUGCUGAUGUUGGACAAAUGCGCAUACUGAAGAGUCAUUCAGCUUUACAAAAAAUAAUUAAGGAAUUAGAUGUUUCUGAUUUUUCAGAACUUCUUCAACAAAACAUCUCACCAUCUUGUAGAGCAUGCACUGAGCAAUCGUGGAAUCCUGAAUCAAAAAGCAUUCCAAACGUCAGAUGGAUUAAGCUUUUCUGGUUUUUUAUAGCCCAAAAAUUUCAAGAUUUCAUCUUUGAUGAGCAAAUCAGGGAAAAAAAGACAAACUCAGAGCGAGAGUGGUUUCAAAUGUUUUCUUCAAAAGUGUUGCAAUUGUUUGAAAGGUGGUAUUUGGUCCCUGCAAUCAUCAAACAAAACGAAGGGAAAAAUCAUUUUCUUUUUCCAUUGAAACAUGGAAAACGGGUAUUAUUGCUCAUGUUUGGACAAAAUGCGAUUGAGCAAAAAGCUUUGAUAGAGCUUAAUUUACCACUUUUGGACAAUACAUGUUUGCCGACUUACAAAGAUCAAGAUGGGUUCAACAAUUGUCAUAUUGUAUCUAAGAUUUUACAAACAUUGGCUGCAACAAUCGCAAAUGUGGAAGAUAUUUUAAACUGCGUUUUUUGUAAUUUAGCAAGGUUAUGUACACAGUGUAAUGAUUCAUGUAAGGCUAUAAUGAAAUAUUUUGCCCAGAAUCUCGAGACUCUCAAAGAAAGUCCAGGAUCUAGAGACAAACUCGCAGCUCUUCCGCUCUACUACAGUGACAUAUAUCAGCAAUGUGUAAGCGUCCAAAGGAAAACUGUCAUUAUUUUACCAGAGGACGUCCCGAAAUAUGGACUUGUGGAAUGGAGUAAAACAAUGAAUACGACGUUCAUUGAGGAAGAUCAAAGUUUAACUCAGCUCUACCAGUUUGUUGGCUGUAAAGUAGUAACUGACGUCUCUUUUUAUAUUCAGGUCUUGCUUCCAAAUUUUCAAAGAUUGCCACCUGAAACGGUCAUGUUUCAUUUAAGGUAUAUAAAGGAUAUUGUUAUUCAUUCUCUGGAAUACUCUAACUGCUUAAAUGCACAACGUCAACUAACCCAUUUAGAUGGUCUGUUGCGUAAAAUUCCCUUCUUACCGACAGAGAGUGGUCGGUAUGCACGUGCAUGUGAUUUUUUUAACCCUAGUAAGGAUAUAUUUAAGCUAGAAAAUUGCCUUUGCUUAUCCUCAGAAUUACCCUCAAAACCAUUUGACAAUCCUGAAUGGGAAAAUUUCCUAAUACAUUGUGGAAUGAAAAAUGAAUUCACACCUGAAAUAUUUUUAGAGUUUGCUAUACGAUUGCAAAAUUUAGGAGAUUUGAAUGGUGUCACUUCAAUUGUACUAAAGAAUUCUAGGUAUCUUGUCAGAGAUUUGUUUCUUAAUCGCACAGAUUUGCUGAAAAAUUGGUCAUUUGUGAACGACCUGAAACAUGUUCGUUUCAUUUGUCCUUACAAGGUGUCAAAAGUGUACACUCAAAUAGUAGAACAAUAUAACAAUUGUAAUAAAUUGAUUUGCUUUCGGAAUUCAGCUAUUCCUACUUGUGACAAACUAAUUUGGUCGGUAAUGGGAAUCAUAUCCGAGGAGACCUUUGAUGCACUAAGAUAUUUAUCUCGCGAUGAACAAGUAUUAGCAAAGAGGAUGUUGGAAAUAAUUGAUUUGCCUCCAGUUAAAAAUGUUGUUAACCACGUAACAAACAUAUGUUUUUCAAUAAAAGAUCAAUUGCCACAGCUCUUAAUGGACAACAGAAACGAGAAAGCAGUUUCAAACGUCAUGUUCAGUGUUUAUGAAUUUUUACAAAAACAUGGAACUGAUGAAUAUUUUGCAUUGCUUAAAACGGUUCCAUUUGUUUUUAUCAAGAAGAGGGAGAUAUUAAGUCUUCCACAACGUGUAAUUCUUGAUAUAAAUGACGAGGAAGAAAUUUUACCCUACUUGUGCAAAGCACCGGUUUUCUAUGGACAGUUCCAUUCGCUUUUUCGUGACUGUGGAGCAGCAGAUACUCUUCUCUGUCAACACCUUGUGAAUGUUUUGUAUGAAAUAUAUCAGGAAACUGAAGGAAAUGAGUUGGAACCGAAUGAAAUACUUAAAACAAAGAAGACUGUGCAAUAUUUGUUUAGUAAACUUAAGAAGGAAGAACAAAUCAAAAUUGAGUCUGUAUUAUAUUUUCCAAGCAAACGUCACAAUUUAAUACAGAGUGACAAAAUGGUAUUUAUAGAUGACGUUCUAAUUGAAGGACGAAUAGGAAGGAGUUUACCUGAUUUAGAAUUCUUUGUUGGAUUUGAUGAGUUGGGAAUGGAUGUGUUAGAUCCUUUGGGCGAAAUCAAUCUCCUUCCGGAGAGUCAUCGACCUAAAUUGAUGUCCAAGAUUUUCAAUGAAGAAAUGAACAGAGGAUGCACACAAUCAGCUGCAUUUACAGAACAUGCUCGUACAUUACAGAAUUUUUUGAGAAGCGAUAAAUGUUAUUUUGGUGUAAUUAGACUUGUCAGAGACGAACUGUAUAAGAAUGGAAAAAGUUUUAGUGAGGCCAAGCAAACUGAAAUUUUUCAAAAGCUGCAACGCGUGACUGUCUUCCAGUUAGAGACACUUGAAACAGUAUUGAUGUACAAUGAAUCUAUACUACCAAAUACAGAAAAACAAAAGAAAGUAUUUAGCGAGGAAAUAAAGGACGAUGCAGGAAACUCUGUUGAGUUACGAAUAUAUUUUAAAGUAAAUCAUGAAGUAGAUAUUGCAGAUUUGAUCUUUGACAUCGAUAGGAAAUUAUCAGCAAUGUUGAACAUUUACCUUGGAGACCCUUUGAAAAAGAAUGAAACGUACUUAACAGAUGUGUUAAAAUGUAUUAAGAAUCCAUGCAAGAUAGAAGAUGAACUAACAAAUCUAGAAAUCAUGGCAAUAGAUGUUGGACGGGCUUUGACAAUUUUGCCUUUCAUGCCAGAUUUAGGAGCAGAGAUUUCUUUAUCUUUGCAUCACCUUCUGAACAAUUCGUGCACAUAUAUAGAGAUAGGAACAUAUGUGGCAUACGAAGUGUAUGAUCCUAUUAUUGAUGAAGAAGAACCAAAAAAUGAAGACACACCUGUGUAUAUUUUAGCAAGGAUUGUAGGGCUUCUUACGCAACAUGGUUCACAUGGGCUGAAUGCCGAUGCUUGGGAUAUGAAAUACAAAAUUGAUGUCGGCAGUGAAAAAGCACUUGUUGCCGAAGCAUCUAGAGUGUACAAGUUUGUAAGACAGGAAAACAUUGACGAAAAUCCUGAAGAAGUCGAUGGCGCCAAGGUAUUAAAAUGGAAUAUAGACAAUGUUAAAGUAUACAUCAGAGACGUUAUGAGAAAAGCCUUUAAAAAAUCAAAAUCAGAGUUCGACAGAACAAUGAAAAGACUAAUUUUGCAGCAUCAUCCUAAAAACUAUGCUGAGAAUAAGGACUAUUAUGUUCAACUAAAUAAGUUUAUACACUUCAUUGAAGAAACGCUCAAAAAAGGCGAACCAGUUGACGACAAAGACAUUUUUGAUUCUUUCAAUCCGGAGGUUAUUUAUCCAAUUACAUGCUUUUGGGUCAUUUGUGAUACUCGUGUUAAUGAAUAUGCUAAAAAUCACUUAGAUUAUUCUGGCUCAACAGAGAGGAAAGAUGCGCCAUUCUUUACUGCUUUUAAUGAGAGAGGCUCCCAGCCUGGCCAAGCCAAGAGGUGGUUUAAACAAGCUGAUAUUGAUUUUAAAGCUGCUUUUACAGACCUGAAUGGACCAAAUGCAUACAACUGGACCUGUUAUAAAUGCCAUCAGGCGGUUGAAAAAGCUUUGAAAGCCUUGCUAUACCAGAUAGACGCCAACAAAGUAGCUCUCAACACACACAAUCUAUCUUCUUUAGCUUAUCUAACAGAAGAUGUUAAUUUGUCGGGCCUUGUUGGCCGUUUAGAAAGUAUUACAGGGGGCUAUUUUCAGAUGCGUUAUCCUGAUGCUGUACCUGGGGGAUGCAUACCCUCAGACCUGUACACAAGUGAUAAAGCAACCAAGGCAAUAGAAUAUGCAAGUGAAAUCUUACAGACCAUUCGGCAAAGGAUACCAAGUGUUCAGUAGAACCUAACAUGGCAGAUUGGAUAUAAAAAGGGACCAUGUAUGCCGAUCAAGAGAGAAAGUGAAUAUUUUCAGUUGUGCCUUGUGUAUUCAUACGAAAAUUAACAGAGAGAAAAAAUAAAAUGCUUUGCAUUGAGUUUUGGUUUGUAAGUGGAGGUUGUCCGUUUAAAAUUAGAUAAAUAUACAUCUUGUGAAUAGAUUCAAGAAAAGAUUCUAAGGUCCAUUUUUAUAAAAUUUCAUUUAUCUGUGUGUAUAUACUCGUACAUCAAAUUUUAUACUUACUAAUGAACAUAUUUUUCAAGAUUUGACAGUAAACACUGAGAUUUAAUGAUCAUUUUGUUAAAAUUUUAUGUGUAAAUAAAGCUAGUUACAUGUAUUUUACAUUCAAAUGUAAAGGAGGUAAGAUUAAGAGAAGGUUGGGAAACAUUGAAACCUUUGAAUAAAUUGUGAUGCAAAUAUUAUUAAAUAUCCAUAAGUAUUCACUUUAUUUUCCAUUUAUAUUAUAAUGAAAUGUUUCUUUGUAGUACCUAUAUAUAUUUUUGUACAUACUGUGUUAUCUAAUACUUUC